GCACCACGACCUUUGCCCACCGCACGCACGCACGAACCCCCACACGACGACCUUUCCCACACCCCGCACCUCCUCCUCCCAACGACCAGAGCAUGGUCGGGCCUUCGCCGCCGCCCGCCGCCCGCCCAUCCACGGCCAAGCCUCCGCCGCCGUUUUCCGCCUCCACUGCCGGGCCUCUGCCGCCUUCCGCCGCCCGCCCAUCCUCGCCCUCCUCCGCCGCCGCUCCACGGCCGGGCCUCCAUCCUCCGCCGCCGCCCGCCCAUCCUCUGCCGCCGCCCGCCGUCCGCCUCCAGCCGGUCCUCUUCUCCGCCGCCGCGAGCGUGAGCAGCCCCCCUCCACCCCUGGCCGUUGCCGGUGCGUGUCGGCUCUGCCUCCCCACAACGUGCGUCCGCUACACGCUUCCCACGACAUGCAAGGGGAUCUCUUUCUACAACGAAUCCCUCACCAAUUUGAGCGUCGAGGACAGGCAUAUCCUUUCCCUGAAUAUGGCCUACGUACAGAGGUGAAAGCUUUAUGAAUUAAUAGGAAGUUUGUGAUUGGAUGGAUGCUCCCAACAACCAGUUCUUCCAAGGACAUCCCCGUGGCUCCGCGACACUCUUUCAGGUUUGCCUCUUCUUACUUAUCUAGCCACUGCCCAAUGGGUGUUAUUAUUGUUGUUAGUCCAUGACUGAUAGAAUCUGGAGGUUGUUAAUGCAGUUACUCAAUGGACUAAUAUGACCUUUGCACCGAACCAUUUCUUCUAAAAAUUAUUCACCUUACGUCCUUACCUUUGUUCUACCGUACUACUUUUAAUUUUUAUCAGCAUGCUCCAGUGCCUAUAAAUUAUUGCUACCGUAGCUUGUGCCAACAUGAAUGUGUGAAAUUUCUAAUGUAUACAGAUUUUGCUAAUGGUCAUAGCUCCAAAUUUCAUCUUGGUAAAUUCAUGUGCUUAACUUUUCUUUUAGGUAAGCUAAGUUUCUCUUCCCGGGGUUUAUAUUGCCUGAACGUUAAUUUUUCUAUUGCCUCAUCUUGGGUCAUACUUUGUGAUACAACCAUCUAUUUUUAUGUGCCUUGGCUUUGUUAUUAUUUAUUUUGAGUUCACUCAACAUAUCAUAAUCUUUUUUUUGCUUUAUCCGCAUUUUAGUUCAACAUGCCAUCUUGCAGACAUGGCUGCUAUAUCUGUUUGUUUCAAGCAUCAGCGGCAUCCAUGGGCUUGACAACAAUCUGAAGCGAGUAAUUGGUGGUGAGAGAUUUCUGAAUAAUGUAACCUGAAUAAGGAUGCUAUCGUGCUAUUCAUCUAUGUAUGCUGCUAUUGUAGGAACACAAUUUCUGAAUAACCAAAUUGGCACAUUUUCAGAUCAACAUUUUGUCUUCAA